AUGGAUGAUAUUCAGCGCUACCCCUCGUCGCACCAAAGGUCACGAUCGCAAGCCCCAAAACGGCCGCGGACUCGACCUUCCUGUAAGGAGUGCCGAUGUCGCAAGCUGAGAUCCGACGGUCAGCAGCCACAGUACAGUAUGUACCACGAACUGAAGGUGGUCUACGAGACAACCGAGCGCGGCUCUCGGGGUCCCAAAAAGGGCUACAUCAAAGCGCUGGAAGAUCGGUUUGUGUACCUUGAAGCUUUGUUGGAGAACCCAGGCUUGAACUCCUAA